AUGUACUUUCGUGUAUAUUGCAGGGCUCCAGGGAAAUGCGACACGCUGGGGUUGGCCGAGUUGGGCACAAUGUGUGAUGCCGGUAAAAGUUGUGCAAUCAUCGAAGAUAACGGAUUGAGUGCCGCAUUUACCAUCGCACACGAACUCGGACAUAUCUUCAACAUUCCACACGAUGACGAACGUAAAUGCGCACAGUACAUGCAGUUGGUCAAGCACAAUUUUCACAUCAUGGCACCAACCCUGGAAUACAACACCCAUCCGUGGAGCUGGAGCACCUGCUCGAGCGCGAUGCUUGAACGAUUUCUUGACAACCACCGCGGUCAAAUUCAAUGCCUGUUCGAUCAGCCGAUUCAGAGAAAAUACUAUGAACAACUUUUCGAAGACGACGCUCCCGGAAGGAAAUACGACGUCAGCCAGCAGUGCAAAUUCGUCUUUGGUCCCCAGUCAGAACUCUGUCCCUAUAUGCCAACAUGUCGACGUCUUUGGUGUGCUACGUACUACGGUAGUCAAAUGGGCUGUCGAACACAGCAUAUGCCGUGGGCGGACGGAACUCCUUGCGACAAGACAGGCCGUAUGCAGUGUCACCGAGGAGAAUGUGUGUCGAUUGGAGCUGAACAUCGGGCCAAAAUCGAUGGUGGAUGGGGCGAGUGGAGAUCUUGGGAGACGUGCAGUCGAACUUGUGGUGGAGGAGUUCAGAGAGCACUUCGCGACUGCGAUAGCCCUAAGCCUGCAAACGGGGGAAAGUACUGCGUUGGUCAGAGGGAACGCUAUCGCUCAUGCAAUGUGGCCGACUGCCCAUGGGAUACACCCGGUUUCCGCGAGGUCCAGUGUGCCGAAUUCAACAACAAGGACGUGGGCAUACACGGGAUACCCUCAAGGACCACUUGGGUGCCAAAGUACACCGCUGUCGCCGACAACGAACGAUGCAAACUGUACUGUAGAGUUGCUGGCAGUGCUGCUUUCUAUCUGCUCAAGGAAAGGGUCAUCGAUGGCACUCCUUGUGAUAGAAAUGGUGACGACAUCUGCGUUGACGGCACUUGUAUGAAGGUAGUUUAUAAUAACAAGUUUUAA